CAUGAACAAAACCAAUAUCCUUUCCACAUUAUGUCUCAAUCUCUUUUCAGCUUCUAGGAGAGUCUCCCUUACACUCUGUUGAAUAUUUCCUAUUUCCUUCAUGCGAAAUAACCGUUGGUAAAAGUUACCUAAGUUCUCUCUCCACAAGCAAACGCAUGUCUCGUUUUGGAUCAGCUGCCCGACGUCAUUGGACGAACCUCGAAUCAAGAUUCAAAUGGGCUGUGGGGAAUCAAACAGGGCUAAAACAAGUGCAGUUAGCCCUAUGAUGCUCCCUGUUGGAAGAUCCUAUCUCAUUCUCGGCAUCAACCUCAAGCGGGGUGCAUCGAUGAUUACAUAGUGUCUUGCCAGGACAAAGCACUUGGCCACGCCAGUAUCAUCCAUGAUGUCUCAUAAAUAUUUCCAUUGAGAAGCGCGGUUUUCCUAUACUAGGAUAGAGACGACGUCGCUGCGAUCCGCUGUACUAUCUCGAGAUUUCAGAAGUUUAGGCAUCAUCGAAAGGCUCUAAAGAGCUAUAAGUCAAGAUGCCUCCAGAAUCUCGAGGAGAUAAGAUGGACGGCGGUCCAGCACCGCCGAGCAAGAAAGUCAAGCUUAGCCUCGUUGCUGGCGUCUUCGUUCCCGUUGUUUUAAAUAUAAUUAGUAUUCUCAUGUUCCUUCGUUUCGGAUCAAUAAUGGGUCGAAUUGGUUUGCUUGGGAUGCUUGGUUUACUAGUUGUAGCCUAUAUUGUCGACUUCAUUACCACACUCUCCCUCUCCGCCAUCGCUUCCAAUGGGGAAGUGAAGGGAGGCGGCGCUUAUUAUCUAAUCUCACGGUCUCUCGGCCCUGAGUUUGGAGGUUCUAUUGGAAUUCUAUUCUACCUUGCUCAGGUCGUUAACACAUCACUCAACAUCGUUGGUCUCAUAGACUGCUUGAAACUAAACCUAGGGAGUCUUGUACCCCAUGGUUACUGGGAGAGUUAUGCUAUGCAAACUGCAGCUCUUGUCGUCUGUACAGGUCUCAGCCUCGCUGGUCGUGCUCUCUUUGUACAGGCGAGUGGUGUUCUUCUUGUCAUAUUAAUAGUAGCUAUUAUAAGUAUCCCAAUAUCGACCAUCGCGAGAAGCCCAUUCAAAGAUGACACGCUCGGAAUCGAAUUUACUGGAUUCAGCCUCGACACAAUGCGCUCCAACCUGUAUCCACACGCGGCUGGUCCAACGUACCGAGGUCUCGAAACAUUCAGACAAUUGUUUGGUAUACUCUUCAGUGCUACGUCAGGUAUCUUUGCCGGAGCUUCGAUGUCGGGUGACCUUCGCAAUCCAAGUAAAGCUAUUCCGAAAGGAACGUUAUGGGCAAUGGCAGCAACCUUCGUCCUUUACUUGAUCGUGAUAUUAUCGAUAGCAUCUAGCAUUACUCAUCCGUCUUUUCUCCGCGAUACCAAUAUUAUAUCCACAACAAGUAUUUGGUCACCAUUGAUCCUAGCGGGAGAGUGUGCCACUACAUUCUUCUCAGCUUUGAUGGGAAUUGUUGGUGGUGCCAAACUUCUUCAAGCUCUUGGGCGAGAUAAGCUACUCCCCGGAUUAUUCGUAUUUGGCAAGGGAAAUAAGCGAGACGACCCCAUCCUAGCGGUACUUGUCACCUACAUCAUUGCACAAGUUGCUCUGUUCGCAGAUUUGAAUCAAAUUGCAACUUUCAUAUCUAUGGGUUACCAGAUGACAUUCUUCGUCAUGAACCUUGCUUGCUUCUUACUGAAGAUAGGAUCAGCUCCUAAUUUUCGUCCUGCGUUCAAAUUCUUCAGUUGGCACACAGCUUUUGUGGGAAGUGUUCUUUCUGCCGCUGCAAUGUUCUUCAUUGACGGGACAUAUGCUGCCUCGGCGAUAUGCGUCCUGAUAUUUCUCUUCCUUAUUAUUCAUUACACAAGUCCUCCGAAACACUGGGGCGAUGUUUCUCAAAAUUUAAUAUAUCAUCAAGUGCGAAAGUACCUUUUAAGACUCAAACCCGAGCAUAUUAAGUUUUGGAGGCCCCAGAUCAUACUACUAAUCAACGAUCCUCGGCAUCACACCAGGCUGAUUCAAUUUUGCAACUCGUUAAAAAAGGGAUCCUUAUACAUAUUAGGCCACGUCAUUGUAACAGAUGAUUUCAACUCGGGGGUACACGAAGCAAAAUUACAGCAGUCAGCUUGGACUCGGUAUAUCUCGGAAUUUUCGAGAAUAAAAGCUUUUGUCCAACUAACAAUGUCGCCGACAAUUGAAUGGGGGGCACGAAAUUUAAUUAUUUCCGCUGGACUAGGUGGCAUGCGACCCAAUAUCGCCAUUUUGGGGUUUUAUAAUAUGGAUGAGUUGCGCAAGUCUAGGCCUCUUGCGCAAAUACCAGAGGUCCCUAGUACGCCUACAAAAACGAAAUUUGAAACUAAGGCUGAAGGGAAGGUUACCAAACGCCGGCGUGGGGAUACCUCUGCUCGACUCUUGGAUGGAUUUCUCCCAACUGACACUAUCCGCACGGAGAGCAUGAUGUCUGUUACAAGCUAUUUGACUAUAUUAGAGGAUCUUGCGUUGCGCCAUCGUCUAAAUGUGGCUGUUGGUAAAGGCUUCCAAGCACUUGAAACACCACGUCGAGAUGGGAAUAAUACGAAAAAAUAUAUCGAUCUUUGGCCAAUACAGAUGUCGGCUGAAAUCACUGAUGGCGAUCAAAAGGUGUGGACGACCAACUUUGAUACUUAUACGUUAAUCUUACAACUCGGAUACAUUCUUCAAAGUGUUCCGGCGUGGAAGAAAGCAUACCAACUGCGCAUCUUGGUAUUCGUCGAAUAUGAAAGCGAAGUUAAACAAGAAGAAGCUAGACUCAAGGCUUUACUAGACAAGUUACGCAUAGAUGCGACAAUUCGAGUAUUUUGGCUUGCCUCAGGGCAGCUUCAGAGUUACGAGACUAUUGUCAAUGGUCGUGGGAUUAGCUCCGAGCUCGGAAACAUUGUAAAUGAGCUGUUGAAGGACGAUGAAUGGUGGCAAGAAUUGCAGAAGUUGAGAACCGAGAGUCAUAAUAUGUCCCGAUCACAGGAACUUGCCUCGUUAGGGGAUAUGCUUAACGCUACUAGACGCAGAGGAAGCUCGGUAUCUAAAUCCGAUGCGCACGGCAGUUUACCAAGAGGACUUGAUGUGAGUGAGUUUUUGGACGGAUCUAAGAAGCCAACGGUUUCUACGUUUGCAAAGUUAGGUGUCAAUUUUGGUAUCCACACUCACCAACUUAACUCUUCCACAUUUGGCGGCAGAACUGAAAACAACUCUCCCGACUUCAGCGAUGAUGAUGGCGAAUCUAUAGCAUCCGAAGAUGUUGAUUUUAACGACAUUGCUAGCGCGGCAAGUGAUGGCGGUGAAGGUUUACAUUCAACCCGUCGAUCUAACUUUCUAACUUUUCAAGGUCGGAGAAGAAGUCAUGGAGACCUCAUGUCCUCAUUCAAGAACCCAGAAAACUCUCACACCCAGCAAUCGGGGUAUUCGACGGGAACUAGCUCGUUGGGAUAUGGUACAAUGGUACAGACGGCAGGGUUGGCUACAACACAAACACCCCCUAUUCAGACAUCACGGAGUUCUACUGGCCUCCUUAGCGCUACGUCAGAGCUAAGUGAGAUUUCGCCUAUGAUACCAAAACCACCACCCAGGCCGGCACUUUCGCGCCAUUCAUCAGCUACUCGGUUUACUAGUAAACCAACACCUGAAACUACAGUUUUGACUGAGGGGGAAACGGGCUCAAGGAUCACGUUCUCUAAAGAAGAAGAGCCAUCCCGGGCUAAACGUCCACCACUAUCGCGAAACGCUUCUACCGGCCGGUUUUCUAGCCGCCCUGUUCCCGAGACAAGAGUUGAGGAUGAAGAUGGUACCGGGCCACGCCUUACAUUUGCAGAACCGGAACCUAGCUCAUCUGAGACGCCACUGAGAUCCAGAAGGAACUCUGCUUCUAAAAAGGAGAAGCCCUCGGAAAUACAGUUCAACUUACCGGAGCUAUUAGCAUCGUAUCACCCCGGUCGCCAAUCCGAUGACGAGGCACAUUCUACUUAUUCAACACAAAGUCUCCCUCUUUCGUUUAAUGAUUUGCCAAGCCGAGCUCAACAUCUCAUACUGAAUGAGCUUAUGCGCCAACAUAGCAGUGAUACAGCGGUGCUGCUAACGACGCUCCCGAUUCCCGAGGAGGGGACUUGUCAAAGCGAAGAGGCCAGUUUAGGUUAUCUGACCGACAUCGAAGUUCUCUGUCAUGAGCUCCCUCCAGUACUACUUGUCCUGAGCAAUAAUAUGACUGUAACGGUUAAUUUAUGAUAUAUGGCUAUCUAGACGAGAUUUCCCAUUUACGAGAAACAAUCAUAUAGGCGCCGGUGUUGCAUUUUUCACUUGGGAUGUUGAUAUUAAAUUUGUUACGGCUUGGAUACUAUAGAACCAGCCUCUUACUCCUAUUAUACACGACCUUCCUAUUGUCACUAAAAUUUCGUUAGGCAACAAAUGAACCUUGGAAAUCAAAGCAUAUAAUAAGUGGACAUUAUCUAUUUUUUCACCAUGACUUGAACGAGGUGUUUGAUCUAUGACUUAGGCGCUAUUAAGUGUCACGUCAGGGUUUAAUAGGAAGUACUGUGGUUUUCUGAUAUACGCUUUACAGCUACCUAUGUUUGUCUUGUAAUAUAAUCUCAUGUUCAAUUGGUGACGCAUUGGCGGACUGAAUAUACAGUUAACAGAGUCUUAUGGGAUAUGGGGGAUGUAUGCUUGAGUUACACAUCUGAGUUUUAGAUGUGUGAUAAAUCAAUGUUGCUGGCAAGGAGGUUACUAACGUCUCAAUAAGCCGCUCACUGACU